UGAAACGAGCGUGUAGGCACAAUCACUUCGCCGUCGCUCGCCGUGCUUAAUCUAUGACGUAGAAUGCCUUUCUUCUUUCGCCAGUCCGUUUCUCCGCUCGCGCGCGACCAGACGCGCCAUGUUAAGAUGGCCACGAUGACCAGUGUCCUACUUGUGUUGCUCCUGCCCCUCGUCCGGGCCCAGGACGAGUCCUUCGCCAGCUCCUUCCUAUCAGGUCUGCUGGACACGUUGGACACGCAGGUGGACGCGAAGAACUGCCCCGGGGUGUGCAUGCACGCGCUCGCCUCGCUCAUCUGCUCCAACGUGCUGGAGGAGGUCGAGUGCCCCAACCCUUCCAUGAAAUGCUGCGUCGACGAGCCCAUAGGCAACGACACGACGACGACGACUCGUCGGCCGUUCACGACGCGCUACACGACGACAGAAGCGGACGACGACGACGACGACGACUACACCACGAGGCCACCCGACAAAUACAAAGACAGUGGUAACCUGGGCUGUCCGGGCGUAUGCGUAGAGUCCCACCUGACGUUGUACUGCGAGGCGUACCUGACGACGGGCGAGUUGUGUGUGUCGGGCCGCCAGUGCUGCGUGUCCAAGGACAGCUACGGCGACCGACGACCGCCGGGCCUUGUGGUGCCUAAUGAGAAGAAGCAUGUCACGAAGCGGCCUACUACUGCGAUGACGACGACCCACGCGCCGAAGCACAAGGGCCACAAGUGUCGCGGCGACUGCAUCAGCGGCAUGUUCGCGCUGCUGUGCGACCGCGUGGACGAGGACGCGACCUGCCCCGACGAGGGCACCUGCUGCCUCAUAGAGGAGACCACGCGUCGGCCGACCACCACGCGCCCGACCACCCCGGCGCCUCUCCCGCAGUGCCCGGGCUACUGCCUGCCGAGCAUCGUGGCCGGGUUCUGCGAGCGGCCCGCCGUCCUCAUCGCCAACACUCACUGCAAACUCAGCAACUUCGUGUGCUGCGACAACACCAGGAUCCCGCCGCGCACGACGACGACUACGACCACCACCACGACGACGACGCCGGCGCCCGCCGACCCGCGCCCCGACUGCCCCGGCUCCUGCAUCGUGUCCCUGCUGUCCUUCACCUGCUUCCGUAACGCCGAAAUGACGGACGUGUUCAAAUGCAAGAAGGCGGGCACACAGUGCUGCGCGCCGAAGUCCAAAGUGUUGGAGGCGAUGGGCGUGAGCCGCAACGACACCUACCCGCUGACGACGCCGCACCCGCCGUACAACACGCCGUACACGCCGUAUACGCCGUACACGUACACGCCGUACACGUAUACGCCGGACCCGCACGCAGUGGCGCACACGCUGCCGCACACCACGCCGAUGCCGCAAUACGAGCCAAACUACGUGACAACGCGUUCGCCGGAGAAAUACAACAAGUACGUGUGUGGAGUUAAAGGUUCGUCGGGUCGCAGCGGUCGCGUGAUGGGCGGGUCGGACGGCGCGCGCGGCGAGUGGUGCUGGCACGUCGCCCUCAUCAACUCCCUCAACCAGUACCUGUGCGGCGCCGCGCUCGUCGGCACGCAGUGGGUGCUCACCGCCGCGCAUUGUGUUACCAACAUCGUCCGUUCCGGCGACGCGAUAUACGUGCGCGUUGGCGACCACGACCUCACGCGCAAGUGGGGCUCGCCCGGCGCGCAGACGUUACGCGUCGCCACCACGUACAUACACCACAACCACAACAGCCAGACCCUGGAUAACGACAUCGCACUGUUGAAGCUGCACGGGAAAGCCGAGCUUAAAGAAGGAGUAUGCCUGGUGUGCCUGCCGGCGCGCGGGGUGAGCCACGCCGCCGGACACCGCUGCACCGUCACCGGAUACGGAUACAUGGGCGAGACGGGUCCGAUCCCCCUGCGCGUGCGCGAGGCGGAGCUGCCGAUAGUGAGCGACGCGGAGUGCAUCCGCAAGGUGAACGCCGUCACGGAGAAGAUAUUCAUACUGCCCGCGUCGUCCUUCUGCGCCGGCGGGGAGGAGGGGAACGACGCAUGCCAGGGUGACGGCGGCGGGCCGCUAGUGUGUCAGGACGACGGGUUCUACGAGCUGGCGGGUCUCGUGUCGUGGGGCUUCGGCUGCGGCCGCAAGGACGUGCCCGGCGUCUACGUCAAGGUCUCCGCCUUCAUCGGCUGGAUCAACCAGAUCAUAUCCGUCAAUAACCUCUGAUGAUAGAGAGGCCACCGGCUAACGUGUAACAUAUA